AUGACUACUGUUUGGCUCUAUCGUCAAGGUAAAACAAGAUAUAAAUUUACCUUUUCCUUGCCAUUAGAAGUAACAUUUGUAUUGUUGUAUUGUGUUCGAAAUCGUUAAUUGUCUUUAGUUCUAAUGAUCUUAAAGUAUUUUUUUAAUAAUUUUGCAGGAAGUUCGAAGCCGGUCGGCCGAAGUCGUUAUUCUCUGAAUGCCCCGCGUUCUCUUGGAGGGAGCGGUGCCUUGAAUUCGACAAAUUCAGUGAUUCCACCAGCCAGAUCUCGCUCUCCAAAUCUUCCCCGAUCACCAAUGGGGCGAGCUGCGGUUGUGGCCGGGAAUCAUCGGCCAAUGUCGAGGAGUCGCAAUAUAUAUGGGCCUGCCGUUCAUAUAAAGACACACGACAUGCUAACGCCGCAAGAACGAAGGUGAGAACAUAACUAUUGCGAAAAAUACCAUACAUAACAAGACAUCCGUAUAAAAGAAAUGACUAAAGCAAAAAAUUUAAAAUCUUUUCCUAAACGUCUUCCUUUUUUAUCCCAGUAGCCUAAUAUCGUUUUAUUGCACGUGUUUGUGCCGUCGGGGCCAAGCACUGGCCCCGAAUUUCAAUGUGAAUUUGAUUAAAGAUAAGCCAAAACAUUCGUCCCUGCAAGAUGCGCAUUGGUUUUCAUGGGAACAACAGAAAUACACGGAAAUAGAGGCGUUUAUUUUCUUUGUGUUGAACUCUUGUACUUACCCAAUCAACCCUUUUGUUUAACAACAACUAACUCUAAUGUAAUCUUGAUUCUGAUAGUGUGAUAGUCCACUCUUUUAUUGCCCAUAAUUCGGUCAUAAACCCCUCCCAAAGUCAUCCUCAAAGUCACGGAUUCUCUCCGAUUGUUCUUCUGGCCUAUGUUUUCUCACGGUAUUUAUGUCAAGGUUUGCGGAAUGUUUUAGAAGCCUUGGCGGACUUUUGGAGGUGGGAGAAUUUAUUUAAAAUUUAGACAAAACAAAUAACUUCCCUAUUUACACCUUUUUUGACAAACCGGAAGAUGUAUGUUUUGGGAAGAUUCCUGUUGAAAUGACGUCUAAAAAUUUGAAAUUUAUGAUUUCUUCGAGGUAAUUGAAUUCCUAGAUUCUCUGUUGUCUUCAGAGCUAAAAAUGCCAUGGAAAGACGGGUAUCGGAGAUCGAAGAGGAGGCCUGGCUGGUUGCUGGACGCUCUGUAUGUGGCGUAAGAUUGCAAGAGAAAAUGAAAAAUGAACUGAAGAAAGCGUUAGAAGUUCAAUAAUGUACUUUUUUUCAGAUUCCUCGAAUCCGCUGAAUCCGGUGAUCGUCCCACGUUGAUCGCUUGUCUGAACCAGGUAAUAUUGGUUUCAAAGUCAUAAUUCUUUUUCUAAGAUCUUACAGUCGAACAUUUAUUUGCUUCAGAAAAAUGCAGCUCCGCUUAAUGUCAACUGCGUUGACGCCAUGGGUCGAACAGCAAUCGAGAUCGCCGUUGACAAUGAAAACUUUGAGAUUGUGGAGCUUUUACUUCGGCAAACAGAUAUCAGAAUUGGUAAUGCAUUACUAUGCGCGAUCCGGGAAGGAGUAUAUAGAAUUGUGGAAAUGUUGGUAAAUCAUCCAUCGAUUAACAAGGACAUGUUGGGAGAUGGAUGGCACAAAUAUUUGAGUCGAAGUGAGGUCGCAACUUCUGAGUAUUCAAGGUAAUCAAAGUCAAUAAGGUCUUCUACGAAGGCUCAUAUUGAUGAAAAAUGCAAAAAAAUAUUAAAAUAGGUUCUUAACUCGCACCUUUCCAGUGACAUCUCCCCAAUAAUGCUGGCAGCGCAUCUGAAUCGUUUUGAAAUCCUCCAAAUGCUUUUGCGGAAAGAAGCGACAAUAGAACGGCCUCAUAAACAUUCUUGCCGUUGCGAGGUCUGUACAGAAGACCGUGGCCAAGACUCCCUUCAUCACUCUCUGAAAAGAAUCAACACUUAUCGAGCACUGGCUAGCCCGGCGUGGAUGAGCUUGACGAGCAGUGAUCCAAUUCUAAGUGCCUUUCGAUUAUCCUGGGAGCUCCAAAAUCUGGCCAGAUUGGAGAAUGAGUUCAAAGACAUUUAUCUCCAAUUGAGUGAGCAGUGCAAGCAGUUUGCUUGUGACUUGCUGAGUCAGUGCCGAUCUACGGAUGAAGUAAUUGCUUUGCUAAAUAAGGAGGACAAUGCGGCCGAUGAGAAUAUUAAUGUGAAAGCGAGUAAGAUCAGCUUGUUGCGGUUGAAGAUGGCGAUCAAAUACGAACAGAAAAUGGUGGGUUUAUUGUAACUUGUUGAUGUAUUUCUUUUAUAUUCAGUUUGUUUCGCACCCUCAUUGCCAACAACUUCUGACCUCAAUCUGGAGCCAAGGAAUCCCAUUUAUCCAUCAUCGAGAUUCAAAAUGGAAUUUUUUAAUCUACGCGGUCCUCAUAUUAUUAUGGCCAGUUCUCUCCUUUUGUUAUAUUAUUGUAAGUCCCUAAGAUAAUAUUUUUUAUUCAUUUAGAUGCCCAAAAGUCGCUUUGGAAGCUACGUUCGAUCGCCUUUCAUGAAGUUUUUGUAUUACAGUACUUCUUUCGGGUGUUUUUUGUUACUCCUCACAUUGGUCACACUUGAAGCUUAUCACUCAGAAAAGGGAGAUCUAAUGAGUAGAGAGGCCUUUCAUUCGAGAGCAUCGGAUCGAGGGGCGCCGCCGACGUUUGUGGAAGUCAUGGUUAUGUUUUGGGUGCUGGGUAAGUUUGAAAAUUAAAAUUGAUGUAGAAUUUCAAUCAAUCAAAGUAUGAAUUUAAAUUUUUUAAAAUAUUCAUUUUUCAGUGGAUUAAAUUUGCACACUCAAAUUUAUAUUUUCAGGCAUGCUUUGGUCCGAGAUUAAACAGCUAUGGGAUGAAGGCCUUGCUAAAUACGUGUUUCAGUGGUGGAAUUGGCUCGAUUUUUGUAUGAUGUGUCUUUAUUUAUGCACCAUAGCAAUAAGGUAACUUUGUUGUUUUAAACUUUAUUAUCCUCCCUCUAGACUGAGCGGCUAUUUAAUUUAUGUUGCUUGGAAUGACGGUUCAACUCCGCGUUAUGUAAUCCGAACUUAUUGGAAUGCUUACGAACCGAUGCUGGUUGCUGAAGCUCUCUUUGCCGUUGGGAAUGUCCUCAGUUUUGCAAGGAUAAUAUAUUUAUUUCAAAUCAGUCCUUACCUCGGACCUUUACAGGUAUGUCUAGUUUUGGUUUUGAAUUUUGGUUUUUAGAUCUCACUGGGAUGCAUGUUGGUAGACGUCGCCAAAUUUUGUUUUAUUUUUGUUCUAAUAAUCAGCUCUUUCGCCAUUGGUCUAGCUCAACUUUACUGGUAUUACGAAGACAAUACUCCUGUAUGUGUGACUCCGGAAAGUUGCACUGCCGUUUCGAAUGUCUUUUCAUCGUAAGUGCAAGGAGAUUGCACGGUUAUGCGAUGAUUUUCAGCAUUGGAAACUCGUAUAUGACAUUACUGUGGUCACUCUUUGCGAUCACAAAAGUCGAAGACACUGACGUCGCGGAAGAGCACACAUUUACCCAGUGGAUUGGACGAGGAAUGUUCAUGAUGUACCACAUUACUUCUAUAAUUGUGCUACUCAAUAUGCUCAUUGCCAUGAUGUCGCAUUCCUUCCAAACGAUCAAUGUAAAUUAAUUUUUAAAAUCUUUUGCUGCUUUUCAAGCAUUAGAAACUUAUUUUUCUUUAGGAUCACGCCGAUUUGGAAUGGAAAUUCCAUCGAACAAAAUUGUGGAUGGCCCACUUCGAUGAGGGCUCCAGUCUCCCACCGCCAUUCAACAUAAUAAUCACCCCCAAGGCCAUUUAUUACGGGUUCUGCAAAGUUGUAAAUACAAUCAAAUGGCUCACUGGGAGUUAUCAUUUUCAAAAAACAAGGAACCGCGCUACGAUACGGGUAAGAUUAGACAUUUAUCGUCAUUUGUGAUUAAAUUUUAGCGUCCCGGAUAUAGCCGCAAAAGUAAAGAGUUGGAGCACAAAACUCCGGAUCCUGAGGCUCCGGAAGAUGACAAACCAUUAACUUAUAUGGACAUUAUUGAGCGAUUAGUCUCACGGUUUAUUCACCAGACCAAAAAGAAUAUGAAAAUGGAUGGAGUUAAUGAAGACGACCUUCUGGAGAUUAAACAAGACAUUAGUUCUUUGAGAUACGAACUGAGAGAUGAUCGAAGGAAGGAGAUUGUCAGAUCAUCCUCUCACAUUGAUGCUGUUAAGAGAGAUAUUAUGAGGACAAUGAGUACAUCUACAAAGAUCUGGAGGUCAAGUCAAAAGAGGAGAAAUCAUAGUGUCACAGAAGAAGGAGAGAUGGAGAGCGAUUUCAAUGAUUCGGACACUGAACUAAAGUGAGUUAGGUCACAAAAAAACUCCAAUUCUUUGAUUCUAUUUAGAUCCACAACCUCGAUUGCCGCGAACACCCUCUCUCCUACCGUUUCGAUCUCAUACGACCGUCCAAAACAACGGUCUUAUAGCGACGCCCUGACUUGCCCAAUGACUUCUGUAGAUCCCCCAAGUCCUUCGUACUCCGAGCAACAGGCAGUAUUCAAACGAAAGACCUUGUCAGCGCAGAAAUCAGCUCCAUCGCCUCUAAAGAUCAUUCAGACUCCCCCAGAAGAAGCUCCAUUGCUGCCGUCAGCAUCAUCCCUUGAAGCAAUCCAUCAACUCCGAGAGCUGAUGAAUCACAAAUUGGAUCAACUGAUUGCACAGGUGACCUCAACUUCGGCUGACGAACCGUCAAUUCUGAGGGGUGGAGAAGGGCUUUUACCGGCGCCAUUGUCAGCUCCAGCCAGAUCUUCUUUAUCGCCUUCUCGUGUUAAUUUUGCGUUAAAUCCGGAUCCAGAGUGA